UCUGAGGCCCGCGAUUGCAUCCCCUACUGCGGCCACUGGGCUGGGGUCGCCCCUCCGAGCAGCUUCCCCUGGAGGCCUGGGGUCUGGCAUCUCAGUCCGUGCGGUCCCGGCCCGGCGCUGCCCGGCGCGUCCCCGCCGCCGUCAUGGAUCUGCAUUUGCACCGAGCGGAUUACGUUCAGGUGGGAGUGACAUCGCAGAAGACCAUGAAGCUGCUCCCGGCCUCCAGAGGCAGCGCUGCACAGAAGGUGGUUAUUGGAGAUCAUGAAGGGGUAGUUUUGUGCUUUGGCAUGAAGAAAGGAGAAGCAGUGGCAGUGUUCAAGACCUUACCAGGGCAGAAGAUCGCAAGACUGGAGCUAGGAGGCAUUCUUAACACACCCCAGGAGAAAAUUUUUGUUGCUGCAGGAUCUGAGAUUCGAGGCUUCACAAAAAGAGGAAAACAGUUCCUCUCUUUUGAAACAAACCUCACUGAAAGCAUUAAAGCUAUGCACAUAUCUGGCUCAGAUCUCUUUCUCAGUGCGAGUUAUAUCUACAGCCAUUAUUGUGACUGCAAAGACCAACAUUAUUACCUUUCUGGGGACAAAAUCAAUGAUGUUACCUGCCUCCCUGUGGAGAGACUCCCUCACAUUACCCCGGUGCUGGCCUGCCAGGACAGACUUCUCCGAGUGUUACAGGGAUCAAAUGUGAUGUUUGAAAUUGAAGUUUCUGGCCCACCUACUGUCUUAGCUCUACACAAUGGAAAUGGCGGUGACUCUGGAGAAGACAUUUUGUUUGGAACAUCAGAUGGAAAACUUGGGCUCGUUCAGAUCACUCCACCCACGCCAACACACAAGUGGGAAAUUCAAAAUGAGAAAAAGAGGGGAGGUAUUUUGUGUGUUGACAGCUUUGACAUUAUGGGUGAUGGGGUUAAAGAUUUACUUGUUGGGAGAGAUGACGGAAUGGUGGAAGUGUACAGUUUUAGUAAUGCAAACGAGCCUGUUCUGCGCUUUGAUCAGGCGCUGUCUGAAAGUGUCACAUCUAUCCAGGGAGGUUGUGUGGGGAAAGAUGGCUACGACGAAAUCGUAGUAUCCACAUAUUCAGGCUGGGUUACGGGGCUGACCACAGAGCCCGUGCACAAGGAGAGCGGGCCGGGCGAAGAGCUCCGGCUCAACCAGGAGAUGCAGAACAAACUUUCCUCUUUACGGACUGAGUUGGAGCAACUUCAGGUUAAGGUAACACAGGAAAGAGAGAAGUAUCAACAGUCUUCGCAGUCAAGCAAAGCAAAAUCAGCAGUCCCUUCCUUUAGCAUAAAUGACAAAUUUACAUUAAAUAAAGAUGAUGCCAGCUACAGCCUUAUCUUGGAGGUGCAGACUGCGAUAGACAAUGUCUUAAUACAGAGUGAUGUUCCAAUAGAUUUGCUUGAUGUGGACAAAAAUUCUGCUGUUGUCAGCUUCAGCAGCUGUGAUUCUGAGGAUUCAUCCUUUUUCUUAACUUUGAAUUCUACCCAGUCCAGCGACAACUUUCUUCUCGCCACUUACCGGUGCCAGGCAAAUACCACAAGGCUGGAGCUCAAGAUUCGCUCAAUUGAAGGCCAGUAUGGCACACUUCAAGCAUACGUGACUCCAAGAAUUCAACCCAAAACCUGUCAGGUCCGCCAGUACCUUAUCAAACCCCUUUCACUCCAUCAGAGAACCCACUGUAUCGAUCGUGACAGACCCAUGAACACACUGACUUUAACGGGCCAGUUCAGUUUUGCGGAAGUUCACUCCUGGGUGGUGUUUUGCCUUCCUGAAGUUCCCGAGAAACCUCCGGCCGGAGAAUGUGUGACGUUUUACUUCCAGAACACCUUCCUGGACACACAGCUGGAAAGCACCUACAGAAAAGGAGAAGGAGUUUUUAAAUCUGACAACAUUUCAACUAUAUCCAUCCUAAAAGAUGUACUCUCUAAAGAAGCUACAAAAAAGAAAAUUAACCUCAACAUUUCAUACGAGAUCAAUGAAAUGUCAGUUAAGCACACUCUAGAGCUAAUCCACCCAAAGCUGGAGUACCAGUUGCUUUUGGCUAAGAAAGUGCAGUUAAUUGAUGCUUUAAAAGAAUUGCAGGUUCAUGAAGGAAAUACGGACUUUCUGAUACCAGAGUACCGCUGCAUUCUGGGAGAGGCAGACCGCCUGCAGGAGGAGUACAAGAAGCAGCCUGCACACCUGGAAAGGCUCUAUGGGAUGAUCACCGAUCUUUUUAUAGAUAAGUUCAAGUUCAAAGGCACCAAUGUGAAAACCAAAGUACCUCUUUUACUGGAGAUUCUGGACAGUUAUGACCAAAACACACUGAUUGCUUUCUUUGAUGCUGCAUGAAAUGUAAGUAAGGUAAAGUUCUGGAGAUGUUCUCUUUAAAUGAAAAUGUUAAAAUAAA